AUGAACAAAAUAAUGCGCGUCAGUUCGGUUCAUGAAUUAUUUCGUCCAUUCUCAAAACAUGAGAAAAGAAAAAACGUCUUAUACGUAAUAAAUUGUACGAAGUUUCAUGUGUAUGAACAACUAUUAAUAGAAGAGUGUUUGUAUCGAUUGAGUAGCCCUCUUAGCGAGGGUUUGAAUAAUAUAGGAUUUGUGCUUAUUAACAACACAUGUUUGAAUGAUGAGAAAAAGAGAGAAGAUGUUGGAUCAACAGUAUCAAAUAGAACAAACAAAUGUGUCGUUUUUGGUUUAAGUGGAAAAGUACAAAAUUUCAUAAAAGACAUAAAUUAUGUUAAUGAUAACAAAAUAUGGUUAAUUAAAAGAUACACAGGAGGUGGAACUGUUUACAUUAACAAUAAUUGUCUCUUAAUCAGUUUAAUUCUUCCAUUUAAUUUUGAAAAAGAAAAAAAAUUAUAUCCAUCCAAUAUAACAGAAUGGGUCUUUAAUUCUUUUUACAAUUCUGUUUUUAAUCAUUUAGAUAGCAAAAAAAAAAAGGAGAAUUUUCUUCUAAAAAAAUUUAAUUAUCACGAAAAUGAUUAUGUAUAUAACGACUAUGAUAAUUUGUGUAAGAAUGUAUUUAUAAAAAAAGUUGGAGGAAAUGCACAAGCUUUUUCAAAAAAUUAUUUUGUUCAUCAUACAUCCUUCUUAUGGUCUUGCAAUUAUGAUGAAAUGGAAAAGGUAAUAAUCAACCCAUUAAAGCAGCCACUAUACAGAAAUAAAAGAAACCACAAAGAUUUUUUAGUCUCAUUGGAGGAAUGUUUACCUAAUCAUAUGAACAACCAAAGAACCUUCAUAGAUACGUUCCUUUACAACAUAAGAGAAUUAAUUAAUAAAAAAAAUAACCAACAUAAUGACAUAUAUUGGUAUUUUAAUAAUAUCGAUUUGAGAAUUAAUCUUCAUGAGCCAAUUCAGCCGUAUUGUAACAUAUUUGAUAAGGUAUAUUCAGUUGACACUAACCUGUUAAGCAAACUUUACCACUAUUUUUGUAGUAACGAUCAGACAAAAAAUCUCCGUUCCACGCAUCUGUUGGAUCAUCGUGGAGAAGUGUUAUCAAAUGAUUGUUUUUAUAGACCAUCUUUUAUUUUGACCUGA